AUGGGUGACAAAGUUAUUUCUUCCCUAGGGUUCUAUUGUCCUGAAGGUUCUUCUCGUCCAGUUCCAUGCGGCCUUGGACUAUACUGUGAGCAGUCUGGUCUAUCAGCUCCAACUGGGCCGUGCAAAGCUGGGUUUCUGUGUGAUGGCAGUGCAACUGUUCCCAACUCCAAGCCCUGUCCUGUGGGACAUUACUGCCCAGAAGGAACAAGCUAUUCUAAACCCUGCCCUCCUGGAACCCUGUUGGCCGUUUCAGGAGGAGCUGCUUUAACUGAUUGCAGUCCUUGCCCAUCUGGUCAUUACUGUUCGGGUUAUGGCUUGUCAACUCCUUCAGGCUUGUGCAGUGCGGGGUAUUACUGUCCUGGAGGACAGAGUGUGCAACGACCUUUGGAGUACAUGUGUACCCCUGGUCACUUCUGCCCUGAGGGAAGUGCCAAUCAAACCAGCUGUUCGCCAGGUCAUUACCAGUCCAAGUGGGCAACAGAAGAGUGUGAGGUUUGUCCUGCAGGAUUCUACUGCCAAGCACAAGGGAAUACUAAGCCAACAGGACCAUGCAGUGCUGGGUACUUGUGUAUCCUGAGCGCCACUGUACCAACCCCAACUGAUGGGAUUACAGGACAUCAGUGUUUACCGGGAUCCUUCUGUCCAAAUGGUAGUAUCACAGCGCAGCCUUGUCCAAAGGGAACCUUCAGUGAGAAACUAGGACUAACUGAAGCCUCGCACUGUCAAGCUUGUACCCCUGGACAGUACUGUGAUGAAAUGGGAAUUACUGCUGUGUCAGGACCUUGUCGGGCAGGAUUUUUCUGCCUUGAAGGAUCCAAAUCUCCAGCUCCCAUUGCAGCCACAUUUGGUGACAUUUGUCCUUCGGGUCACUACUGUCCCAAGGCUGCAGCCCUCCCCAUCCCAUGUCCACCUGGAACAUUCCGAUCAACAACAGGAGGCACCAGUGAGGAAGAUUGCACACUGUGUCCUUCAGGUUUCUAUUGUAUGGAACUGGGCAAAGACAGUGCUGGAGAUUUUUGUGACCCAGGAUUUUAUUGUAAGAAGGGAGCAAAGACUGCAACACCUCUGGAUGGCAUUACAGAGCCACCAGAAGAACUUCCUCAACAGAGUAACAUGCAAGUAUGA